AUGGCCGUUACACUUUUUGAACACACUGUCUAUAUGCUACGCAUUCAGUUGGAUUGUUCUUCGCAAUGGAGGACUGUAUUAACUGCAACUGGUUGUAAUCUUGCUCAAGAUGUGAAUGUUUGGAUUGAUUUAAAUGAUGAUGGAAAUUUUGAUCAAUCAGAAAUCGGAACUCCUUAUCGUUGGCCAGUGACUAGCUAUAUGGCAGAAGGCAUCUAUGAUAUACAAAUAUAUGUACCGGCACUCGGUAACAGAUAUAUUAGAAAUGGACCACAUAGAAUGCGUAUUGUUGUUAUACCGAGUGAAUAUUAUCGAAGAGCCUGUCGCUAUCAUGAAUACAACCAGACGCGAGAGUAUAUGGUCACUGUUAUUCCAAGAAUGAAAUAUUCUUCACUCGACGCUACACCCACCUCUCAGAUACCAGCCAGCGCGCCAUGUUCUCCUGAUGUUGGCAAACUCAUUCUUGUUGUAAUGGCUGGUGAGCAUCGAACACAAAUUUGGGAUGAUGAGUCAACGAGGGCUGCAUUGACUGGCAACACUCAAAAUUAUCAACACCGAGCUAUUGUACUAUAUGAAGAUACCGUCUAUCUGCUACGCAUCCAAUUGAAAUGUACUGGAUCACGAAGCAGAGAUUCUGUUGAGAAUAGCUGUAGCCUUUCUCAUGAUGUGGCUGCCUGGAUUGAUCUAAACGAUGAUGGCAAAUUUAGUGAUACAGAAAAUGCAGCUCCUUAUCGCUGGCCGCUCACUAGUUAUAUACCACAAGGCUUCUAUGAUCUACAAAUAUAUGUACCUAAUAUCGACGGAAAGAAGACGAAAAGUGGACCACAUCGUAUGCGCCUUGACGUAAUUCUAAAUGAACAACAUCGUAAGAAAUGUGGCAAGAAUUACUACAUGGAGACGCGAGAGUAUAAUGUUACCAUUGUUCAAAAAAGUAUGAAACAAGCAGGCUACAAGGUUACUCAUUGUAUUCCUGACGGUUUCGUGUGUUCAGAAGGCAGUAGUGCAAUUACUUGGGUGAAAUUAUUGGGUGAGCAAAGUACACAGAUUCGAGAUGAAACGAAAGCAUGUAGCUCAACAAAUAAUUAUAAUGAUCGAAGUGAUCUAACGGUGACAUUGCUUGACAAUACGACUUAUACUCUUCACAUCGAAUUUUCCUGUGUUCAACGAUUGGGGCAUGCAUAUUCGUUUAGCAAAGACUCAUCACUGUUUACAAAGACCUGUAUUAAUGCUCGCUAUGUUGGCGUUUGGAUAGAUUUCAACAACAAUGGUAUAUUCAAUGAAAGUACCGAUCGAAUUAUUUCUACAAGUUGGGAUAGAAAUGAUCCUUUCAUGGCUCAGCGUGAUUUAAAUAUUACCAUUCCACAAAUUGAUGGGAAGUAUUAUUGGGGCGGACACCAUCGAAUGCGUAUUGUUCUGACGCAAGAUGAAAGAAGUCGUAAUCCAUGUCAAAUUAGUGGUUAUGGCGAAGUGCGAGAUUAUACAGUACAGAUCGCACAGAAACCAGUUUAUUGA